AUGUCAACAUUUCCAUCUUCAUCUAUCAGUGACAAAAUAGAUUAUGCCUCUCUGAGCUCACUAUGGAACUGGCUACAAGCAACUUUUCUGGGAGAGAGUAGUGUGCCUCAGCAAACAAAUUUGAGGCUACUAAAUUAUCUUGCUCCGGCUGUGCAAGUUAUCCUGAGGAUUUUCUUUUUUAUUUUGUUGGGAGUAGGACUGUAUGCCUUGUGGAAACGAAGUAUUCGGUCAAUUCAGAAAAUACUGUUGUUUGUGAUCACACUCUACAAACUUUACAAGAAGGGCUCAGAUUUUUUUCAGGCCUUGCUGGUCAACCCAGAAGGGAAUGGUCUCCCAGUUCAAGACAAUAAUUUCUUCCUGUCCUUGGGUCUGCAAGAGAAAAUUCUGAAAAAACUUCAGAUGGUGGAAAACAAAGUGAAGAGCCUGGAGGGGAUGAUCAUCUCCCAAAAACCUGCCACGAAGAGGGAUCGCUCCUCUGAGCCCUACUGCAGCUGCUCUGACUGCCAGAGUCCCUUGCCCACAUCAGGGUUUACUUCCACAUCUGAAAUGUGA